AUAAUCUACCAAAAUGAAAACGUAAGACCAAAGACGAACGAACAAGAGAAACGUUUAGUUUCUUCUCACUAAAGUGACUAAACCAUUCCAAUGUCCACUCUCUCUCUAAAAUAGAGACAUAGAAGAAACCAAACCACACCAAACAUCAUGCUUGUAGUGCCACCCAAACCCAUCAACACAAUCACAAUCACCAUCAUGUUAGCCUUCACUUUCUUCCUCCUCUUCUUCUCCGGUUUCUUCAAAUUCCCUUCCGUUUCACCCUCUCUCCCACCCUUCCACCAAUCAUCAUCCUUCACCCUCCCUUCUACAAAUACCUCCUCUCAACCCUUCACCGAUCUGCUUUCUUCCUUCAGAAAAUGGGAUUUGCAAGUGGGUUGUGCUAAAUUCAGAGAAAAAACAAAUGGGGUUUCUUUAAAUCACUCAAAGGUUGUUUCUUUGCAACAAUUUGGUGCUGAUUCUGAAUGUAAGGGUUUUAAGCUUAAUCAUGUUAGUGUUUUGGUUAAAGGGUGGACUUGGAUUCCUGAUAAUUUGGAUAAUUUGUAUUCUUGUCCUUGUGGGUUGAGUUGUUUGUGGACCAAAUCAAAUGUUCUUGCUGAUAAGCCUGAUGCUUUCAUGUUCGAAACUUCUACGCCUCCGAUUCAGAGACGUGUGGGAGAACCACUUCGCGCGUAUAUGGAUCUCGAAGCUGGCCGAAGGAGAUCUGGUCGAGAGGAUAUAUACAUUAGUUACCAUGCUGAAGAUGAUGUACAGUCAACCUAUGCCGGUUCUCUGUUUCACAACGGUCGAAACUAUUAUGUCUCCAAUACUAAAAGCAGUGAUAUACUUGUUUAUUGGUCUUCAUCGCGGUGUCUCUCUCAAAGGAAUGAACUUGCCAAGAAACUUCUUGGCUUGCUGCCACAUCAUUCUUUUGGCAAGUGCCUGAACAAUGUCGGUGGUCUAGAUAUGGCUCUUUCGUUCUUUCCCGAGUGUGAAAAAGAUGCAAAUGCUAAACCAAAAUGGUGGGAUCAUUUACAUUGUGCCAUGUCUCACUACAAGUUUGUUCUUGCAAUAGAGAACACUUUCACCGAGAGUUACGUGACAGAGAAGUUAUAUUAUGCGUUGGACUCGGGUGCAGUGCCUAUCUAUUUUGGUGCACCAAACGUCAUGGAUUUUGUUCCUCCACAUUCAAUAAUAGAUGGCAGAAAAUUCAAAUCAGUGGAAGAACUGGCUUCAUACGUGAAGGCUGUAGCUAAUGACCCAGUAGCCUAUGCAGAAUACCAUGCAUGGAGAAGGUGCGGUGUAAUGGGUAAUUAUGCAAAAACACGAGCCGUUAGCCUCGACACAUUGCCAUGCCGGUUAUGUGAGGCUGUUAGCAAAAAAGGUGGAAGAAAUGCAAGAAGCUAGCAAGGGUGAAUUGAUGGCCUUGCUUGACAGAGAUAGAAAGAUUGAAUUUAUAACUUUGUAUAGAGGCACACUGCUUUAUAGGGUCAUUCCAUUUGUUUUUACUUUACAUUUUUCCAAUGACAAAUUGUGGAUGACAUAGCAUUGUAGUUAAUUGUUGUUGAUUGAUGAAGUAUAUUUUAAAGAAACGCACGGUAUUCAUGUUUAUGCUAAGCAACGAUCUUGAUGCUGCUGACA